CAGGAAAUACGGUAAGAGCGAAACAGGAGGAAGCCAGCUCAGUGCCUGGAGGGGACCCGCCGCCAUCUCAGGUCUCUUGGCUUUGCCAGGGCCCACCGGAGAAAACUGACGCCCUGUUUCUAUAAUCCUUAUGGGAGACCAACCUUGUGCCUCCGGGAGAUCCACUCUCCCACCUGGAAACACACGGGAAGCCAAGCCUCCAAAAAAGCGCUGCCUCCUAGCUCCGCGGUGGGAUUAUCCAGAAGGAACUCCCAACGGAGGUAGUACCACUCUCCCCUCCGCACCUCCUCCUCCAUCAGCCGGCCUGAAGUCGCACCCUCCUCCUCCGGAGAAGUAGAGAAAUAAAUCUCUCCCACCCCAAACCAGUCUUUGAGGGAUUGCAGUAUGACUCCAUUUCCCUGGUGCAUUCACGUAAUAGUUCACUUGGUGAAAGCAAUGAAGAUUAUUUACAAUGCUACCCUGCUUUUUCUGAUGUCCUGCACCUGGAAGUUGUGCUUCUUAAGUCUUAUGAUGUAAUCAGCGUGAUUUCACCUCAUGAAUUUGGAUGAAUUCUAGGAUGUGGGCAAGAUCGGGUUGUAAAACCUCUAAGAUUUACAGCAAUGGCCUGGAUCAUGAUGAAUUUACCAAAGCAAAUAACACCUGUGAGAUGGUCCUGCAGCAGCCAACCAGUGUGUUCUUUUUGUGACAUCCAGUUCUUGUUGUAUAACUUUAUAUUCCUAUAAAUCUUUGAAGGCCCCAAUAAAGUUUGUCUCUAAGUGCUGCGUUAGAUCUAUAUGACUACAUCUAGUAAAUUGUGAAUU